AUGGCUGAGGUACUCGCGCCCAUAACCCAGCCUUCUACCUUGCUCCACACCCCUGCCGACUCUCAAUCACCCCAUCAGUCGACGAGGACGUCGCCCAUGCCUCGUACCCAAUACUACAACACUACAAGUGGAGGAAUAGGAUACCGGGGCAACUCUGCGACGCCCGUGCAGACAUACGCUUUCCAAACUUCGCCUCAACUCAGGCAAGAGAACCGCUCGACCUCUGCCCCCGUCAACCCCUACCAGCAACAACAAACUUUCGAACCCUCUCUCGCUACCGCCAAGCAAGGACACGCUACGCAUCCUUCGUCCUCUUCGGGAUCCACCGCAUCGUCGUCGUCUUCCUCGAAUCGCUCCCUGCAGCGCGGUUCCAAGGACGACACCGCCAUCCUUCCGCAUCGGAGACGCCAGUCGGCCGACGAAUCGCUUAAAAGCCCAACCAUGGCAUCCCGGCCCCUGUCGAUAAAUUUGUCGACGUCGGUGCCAGACCUCUCGCUCGGCAACUUCGACCUUCCCGUGAGGCCUUCGCCGGAUCGUUACCGCCGUCGCAGCAACACACCGAACAGCCCUUCGACCGCCCUUCCGCCGGAUGCUCGCUCUGCCGCCCCCUCGGGCUCCGGUAUGGCAGGUGUCGCCCACCUGUACAAGGGCGCAGGCCCUGGCAGCCCCACGUCUCGUCCCGGUCACGUAAGAACCAGCAGUGCAGACGACUCAUCAUUGCCUCGGCAAGGUCCGGAACAGGCGAAGAGGUACAGACGCAGGAGUGUCGGUGGAUUCAACGAUCUGCCCAGUCCAUCGGCGGCACCCAGUUCUCCGGGCCAGUCUUUCUCUAGUCAGCAAACACGCCCGGAUACCAAAUCCUCCAAUUCCUAUUCCGAAGACAACAACAGCCACGAGAGUGUUUCUUCGGCGAGUAACUCCAACCGGCCGUCCUCUUCAAAGCGCGAGACCACCGGUCAAAAUUCACCAAAGCCCUCUUCGCCUCAUAUGGCGCAACAAGGCCAAUCUCCCAAUGUGCCUGCCCGCGGAUCAUCUGCGGAAGCGACCAAGAAGAUGGCGAAUCCUUCGCCUCUUUCGAGACCAGCCGACGGAUCCGCCCCGCCCUCGAGGGGCUCUAGCAGAGCACCUGCAGCAGACAGCCCUGCUGCUCAGCAUCUUGCAGCUCUAGGUGAAAGGGAUCACAAGGGCGUAAAGUCACGGUUAAGAAGAGCAUUUUCAUUCGGUAGCGCAGCGGAGCUUCGCAAAGCCACGGCCGAGAACCACAUUUCUUCAAGAGGGGGCCAGCGUAAAAUAGUUAUGCCGCAAGAGGGGGAGGAGAUGGACCCGGAGACUGCCGCCCUUGCUGCUCAACAGGAAGCUGCUGGAAUCGGCAAUAGCAUUUAUUCCGGUCAGGGAGGCGUGUUCUCUGGUUCUACCGACAACCUCUCAAUAUCUUCCACCGCGUCGUCCGCUUCGGUCAUGCUCCGGAAGAUGGGCAAGGGCAUGAAGAAGAGUGGAAGGUCGUUGAAGGGCCUUUUCCGGCCGAAAUCCGUCAUCGGUGUGCCCGCUGCCGAUUCUGCGGUCCAGCCAAGUUUGGCGCAGGUGUCACAUGUCACUGUUGAGGCGGAGAGGGAGAAGGUCAAUGUGAACGCAAACCCUGCCGAACAUUCGGGUGGCGGCACUGGCUUCCCCAAAUUGGAGCGGAAUUCACUAGAGGUUCCGGCUGCCGCAGAGAGGCCGUCUUCAUCGCCGGGGAGCAACAGCGCCGACAUCUCCAGAAAGAGCAUCAUGGGUGGCGAAAGAGAGCGCGCGGAGGUUCUAGCAGCUGUCAGGAAAGGCAUCCUCAAGAGGACCGUCACCGACAGCCCUUCGCCAAUGAUACGCCCGGCCGACAACAUCGCACCAGGUUUCACCCACAGUGCAGACACACCGAACUCGAGUGCGCCCAGCACGCCUGGCGAUGACCAGCGGGUCGGGCCUUCAGGCAUAAGCGGCGAGGACUACUUUGGCGGACCGCGCCUGGCCGCCGGUAGCACGAAGAGCCUGCCGAACACUCCGCAUGGCCAGUCGCGCAACAUCUCCUUCAGUCCGCGCAUUCAGUUCCACGACGCUUGGUCCAGUUCGGAGUACGACCGACGUGGAGACAUUGCCACCUGCAACCGUCUUACGCCCAUGCUGGCACAACAAAUUAAGGAGGAGCUCAACACUUUCAAAAUGGAAAUGGAAGUCCAUGAGAUGUCCAAGCCUCACACGCAUUUCUUCUAA